AGUCGCCGAUCAGUCGAUUUGACCACCAAUCUUGCGCGGAUUGAGUGACCAUGCUGAACGGAAAGUUCUACACGGGUCUGCCGCCCAAAAUGGUGGAGCGCCAGGCGGUGAAGGUGUGCAACCGCCAGGAAUCCCACUUCUACUGGCCGGAUGAUUCCCGAGCGGACUCCGCCGUGGAGAGCCGAGUGAAGAGGAGGAACAGCCAGCAGCUGGAAAAACCUGUGGAGAGGAUUACAUCUGUUCCGGAUUCCCCCAGUGAAGUGGACACAAGGCGGAUGUUCCACAAGGAAUUCGCCAGCUCUUCCAUUCAGUUCUAUGACAAUCUGCAGUCCAAGCCGAGCACUAGACCUCCUCUGGGAAGAGGGCAGCGCAGGGAACUGACCCCAAAGCUCACUGAAGUCCGACCCCAGGAGUUGGACUCCAAGGUUGAGGACACCUCCAAUCGUCGCCAGCAGGCUUACACCUCCAAAAUCCAGUUCUACGACUAUGUUAAUGAAGCGGAUAAUGCUCCCCAAAAUAAUGUGAGGAAGCCCCAGAUGGACUUCAACGACAAACGAGAAGUGGAGCUGAAUACCAAGAAUAGUCCAAAGUUGCAGGUGAAAAGAAACGUGCGCAGUUUCAGUGUGGAACUGGAACCCAAGGUCACCAAGAAACCCCUGAAUGACAGCCCCGAGUGGCGACGACCCCGCCCACUGCCGCUGCCCAGAAAGAUCCUCAAGCAAACGCCGCAGGACCAAGACAGCUUCGACUACCUGGAGAACCGGGUGAGGAGAUUGCAGCUUACCAGAAGUCCUGGCUUGCCCAAGAAACACGUGACCUACAACGAGGAGGCCGACGAGUACGCCUACUAUGACGAUCGCGAGGAGCCCGAGUUCGAGAUUCGCCCUCGCCAGCAGCCAAAAAUGCCGACAGGAAGUCGCCAGCAGCAACAGCAACAACAUCCGCAGCAGCAACACCACAGCCAGCAGCAACAUCAGCGCCAGCAGCAGCAUUCAGUUAUGGAAACUAGUCGGGCCAAGCCAUUAAAUAAUAACAAUAAUUAUCAGACCCACGCCAGCGCUAGGAAAAUCUCCCCGAAAUUGCCGGAAAGCCCAGUGGCUCGAGCCAUUCAGAUGGUCGAUGAAGACGCCCCUGUGGCUUCUGACCCCCGAAAACACCUGCGCAGCAGCCUCUGCUUCAGCGGCGACGCUCUCAUGGUGGGCGGCCAGGCGUCGCAGUCGACUGCGCAGGCGCGGCGCAGCUCCGCCGGGCAGAGAAUCAGCGUGGGUCUGCCGGACUGAGCGCUCCAGUUCGCGGGGCUUUCUUGGUGCAGCUACACGGGGAGAAAUUGAGUCAAUAUUAGUGCCCAACUAUCUUUGUAAAUAAUAAUGGCUAAAUAUCGGAAAAGGUUGUUUAAGAAAGUAGCAUUCAAAAAUUGCAGUACACAAAUGCAGAUGCCUUAAAAAUAGUUCCUGGCCAAAAAUAGUAAAAACUUGUUGAAAAGGUUAAAAAUACUCAGACGACUCUGUGAAUCACUCUUGGUAAAGCUUUUUUCCCUGUGUAGAAAAGUCGACAGUUACAACUUGCAAUGCUAAUUGAAAGCAACAGCUUAAAAAACACCGACUGCAGUGAAGCAGCAACAAAAACAGCAACUGAAGCAAUAACAUCAACUUAGAUAGGCAGCAGCCACUUUUCGAGGCACGGCACUACUUUUACGAUCAUCUGCUCAACUCUGACUUCACCCACAUGCGACUGAAUGAGUCGGCUUUUGUUAUUGCCGUGCGGUUGGAUAUACACACAUAAACAAACCUUGAUCUUGACUAAUUUGUGGGCAUUGCUGUUGUUGUGCACCCCGAUCAUGUAUUAAUUUAGCUUUUGAAGCCAACGCAGAAUAAUCUAUAAUAAUAAUAGUAGAGAUAUGCUAAUAAACUGAUACAUAACCAAAUGAAUUUCAAAUUGGGAGGCAUUCAAUUAAGCCCCAAACUUAUUAUAGGCACAUCAACUUAUACGGCUAGCCGAAGUUUUUUUAACAUUUACAUUUCCUAAACUUAUAGACGUACAAAACUAGAGGAUAAACUAAUAAAGAUUUGAAACAUA